UAGGUAGAACCGCAGAAGUACGAAGCAUCAAGCAUGCAUUCAUAAUUUCAUACGCUGCGCUGCAUUUGUACUGUUAAGGGCAUGCAUGGUGCUUUCCGGUUGGGCAAUCGCGGAUAGGUAAUACUAGCACAUACAGUCGGUACUUGCCCAAAGCGUUUCCUUUCCUCGAAAAACAUUAUUCGGGUGCCAAGAAUGGCCGAUCAAAAUCCGGGUGUGCAAGAAGAACUGGAAAUCAUUCGACAUUACAUUUUCACGAUACUGACCGCAGCGCUCACGGUGACAGAAAAAUUUCCGCCAUGUCAUGGUGGAAUUUUCCGUGGAAACGUCUUUGGCGUUUUUGAUGAUGAUGGUUCGCAACCUAUGACCGUACUGUGGAAAAAGUGGAUAAAGGAUCAAGAUUCCGCGAAAUUGGGCGAUCGGAAAAACGUUUUAGAAUUAUGGAUGAAAUGGAUUAACGAGGGCUCCUCUAGCGUCGCGUACAUUCCUCCGGAAGGUAUCGCAGCGCUGCCGAAGUUAGCUGGCAAUCUCGAAAAAGUUGAUAGCUGGGCGUUGGGAUGCCUGGCGAUCGACCUGAUCAACUGUGAUGUACCAUUGGGACUCAAGCGGCAAAAUCGUUUCGGCAAGAGUGACCAUCUCCGCAAUGGUGGCACGUUGCAACAGUUAAAGGAGUUUUACGCAGGUGCUGGUGAACCCGGAUUAGUGGUCGGUCCGGAAAUGCACUUGAUUAAACCUGUGCCGGUUGCAUGCGAAGAAUUUUUAGCGCGCUGCUUGACACCAGAUCCGCUUAACCGGUGGGAUUUAGCCGACCUGCUGAGGCUUCCAUUCCUCGAUUUAAAGCGUUCACUGUCGGACUUGUUUGCGCUUGAUGCCGACUAUCAGCAGCUUUUACCGAUUGAAGGCAAAUACAGUAUUACCAAUACUCGACCUCACCCUUUUAUGAAAAGCGACCCAGCAAUGACGGUUCAGGUUGGGGUUAUUCAAUGGCUUGACAGUGGCCGCAUUGAGCAGAAAAAUGUUGAUAUUUGGCGCUUCGUGCUCUUUGGCGACGCGGCCGCGAUUGAGGAAUCGCGGCAAGGAAAAAUUAAGGCAUUCGGCAAAUUGGUGAACGUAUUGACCAUGAUGGACAGUAGUGCAGAAGCUCGUUCAAACGCGAGGGCUGAUUAUUGCGGUAUACGAGCGUUACAACAGGGCACCAAGAAUGUAGUGCAUCAUUUUGGAUGCCAGUUCUAUUCACAUCCGUCCCUUCCAAAUGAAUUCCAAGUUUUCACGGAGCACUGUUCAGGUGGAAACUUGAGGGAUGCUGCGCUUUAUCAUAUACCGGUUGAUGUCAUCGGGAAGUGGAUUUUGGAAAUCCUGGAAGGCCUCAAGUAUCUCCAUGGACACGGACUCGUGCACCGCAAUUUAAACAGCAGCCUAAUUUUCUUCACCGAGAACCCAUUCAAAGGCUUCCUUAAAAUUGGCGGUUUCCAUUUAAUGCGCCAGGUGGUACUGGAAGGUGAUACCUCCCAGAAGAACGGAAUUAGCGCCCGUCCCGGCGAAGAUGGGCGAUUUGUCGCACCAGAAAUGUUGGACACCCAAAAGGAGAGCGACCUGCACACCGGUCGAAAGUGUGAUACCUGGAGUUUUGGUUGUAUUGCUCUGCAUCUGGCCAGUGGUCAACCGCCAUUGUAUAAAGGAGCCAGAGACAAGCCCAUUGAGCUGGAAAUGGCUGUGCUCUAUCACUUGCAGAGCAACAAAACCCUACCAGAAAUUCCUAAUUGGAUACCACAUCAAAUGCGAGACUUCGUUAUUACGUGUUUACAGUUUAAUCCGACCGACCGGCCAUAUGCAGCUGAACUUGAUACGAGCGGAUUAUUGUGUGUUAAUAUUGAUGACCCUGUGUACAAAUCAGCGCGCGGCGGUACUUCUCUCCCGGAAGGCGUUGUUGAAUAUUGGAGGCAGUGAACGCUAAUUAAUUUUUUUCCGCAAUGUACUAAUCUUGUGCAGACCUAUACGGCAAUUUUGCUUAAUUCUCGCUCCGGUCUGUCAAUGCACGACAACGUACUUUUUGCUAGUUAACCUUUUGACGCUGAUAAAAUUUGUUCAAGUAUUUUAUUAGCAUUUUUUAAAAAAUGUGUCGUCUGGUUUUGAAAAAAACUGCUUUAAGCAUUUAAAGAGCGAUUUAACGUAAUAUACAAAGCUAACUGAGGUU